AUGAGUGAAGCGCAUGGCCUAGAUCACUCACGAGACCCUUGUCCAUGGGUCGCGUUAUCAGAUUUCGGCGGUGCGUUCUGUAUGGGUGCGAUAGGAGGAGCUGUAUGGCACGGUGUGAAAGGCUUCAGAAAUAGUCCCUAUGGCGAACGGAGAAUAGGAGCCCUCACAGCGAUAAAAGCCCGCGCACCCGUGCUAGGAGGCAACUUCGGCGUCUGGGGUGGCAUGUUCUCAUCAUUCGACUGUGCAGUGAAAGGUGUACGGAAGAAGGAGGAUCCAUGGAAUGCUAUCAUCGCAGGAGGUUUCACAGGAGGUGCGUUGGCUGUGAGAGGAGGACCAAAAGCGAUACGGAACGGUGCGAUAGGGUGUGCGAUAUUGCUGGCUGUGAUCGAAGGUGUGGGUAUUGCUUUCCAGAGGAUGAUGGCGGAGAACACGAAGCUGGAGAUGCCACCUCCACCACCGCAGCAGAGUGCGCCGAGUGGGAGUGAAGGGAGGUUACCUGCUUUGGCAUAA